GAACUAACGGGGAAAGCAGCAUGUUAGCAAACACUCCGAGCACGGCCAGCCGCCGGCUGCCGCAGCCCCGCGCUCAGAGCGGGCGGUGAGCGCUGCCGGGCACACCGGACACAGGACAGGCAGGGAUGGAGCCGAGGUGAUGCCAAAGCCACGGAGGAGACCAUGGCCAGGCGCGGUGCUGGGACACCCUUCCUGCGGCAGCUCUCCCUGCUCCUGCUCCUCCACCUGGGCGGGACACUGGGCUGCGCCUCGGUGACUGUGAGCCCCCCCAUUGUGCCCCUGGGCUCGGCUGUCAGGGCAUCCUGCACCGUCCAGAGAGAGCUCUGCCACGGCUUGGAGCAGGGGAGGGUCCGGAUCAGCUGGAUGCUGGACAACAAGCUCGUGGCUGGGAGCCAGCGCCAGGGUCCAGGGGGCACAGAGGUGUCCAACCUCACCCUGCCCCGCUUCAACCACACUCAGGCCAGGCUGUUCUGCUGUGUGGAGUGGAAUGGGACCAGGCAGCGCGUUGGCAUGGCCGAGAUCAGGGCGGGCUACCCUCCUGCAAAGCCUCUCAACCUCAGCUGCGUCCUGAACCUCGGUGACUACGGGCUGACGUGCCAAUGGCAGCAGGGAACCGACAGCCACCUCCCCACCAGCGUCGUGCUGAAAUGCACGGGGAGCAGAGCCCAGGCAGUGACGGGCUGCACCCCGCGAGGAGGGCACAGCCACUGCACGGUGCCACGCCGGCUGCUCCAGCUGUACCGGCAAAUGGAGAUCUGGGUGUCUGCCACCAACGCCCUGGGCACGGCCGAGUCCGAGCACCUCUGCAUCGACCCCAUGGACGUGGCCAAGCUGGACCCCCCAACCCUGCAGAGCAUCCAGUCCAUCCCCUUCCAGACCGACUGCAUUGCCCUGGCCUGGGAUGUGGCGUGGGGCACAGAGCACAUGGAGCUGCAGUGUGAGCUGCGCUACCGGGCACCCGAGGACCCUGCCUGGGCCCUGGUCACGGGCAUCAUCGGGCAGGCCGGCACCGCGCAGCGCUGCGGCUUCCUCUUCGGCACGCAGUACCGCUUCCAGAUGCGCUGCCGGCGGAGCUCAGCCUCGCCACUGGCCUCCUGGAGCGAGUGGAGCCCCAGCAGGAACUACACCACCCACGAGAAAGCCCCCACAGGGAAGCUGGACGCGUGGUGGGGGUCUCAGCCGGCCGGGGGGCGGCUGGAGGUGCAGCUGCGCUGGAAGGCCCCACGGCAGCAGGAGGCCAACGGGCGAGUGCUGGGCUACCGCGUCACCCUGAGCCCCCGGAGGAGGGGCAGGGACCCCCCCACCAUCUGCAACACCACCCACACCCAGUGCAACUUCUCGGUGCCCGCGGCGACCAGGAGGGUCUAUCUGUCAGCCUACAACGCUGCCGGCGAGUCGGCACCGACCGAGGUCAUCCUCCUGGAGAGGACAGGUCAGCCCCUGGCGGGGCUCCGGGCCGUGCCCGGGGGCGAGCGCAGCCUCUGGGUGCACUGGGAGGCACCGCUGGCCCCGGUGGUCGCCUACGUGCUGGAGUGGCAGCGGGUGGCAGCAGAGCCUGGGCACUGCAGCGCCUGCUGGCAGAUGGAGCGGGACAGGGCAGCCACCACAGCCCUCAUCCAGGAUGGCAUCGAGCCUUUCCAGCGCUACAACAUCUCACUGUACCCCCUCUACGAGGGCACUGUCGGGGUGCCUGUCCACACCACAGCCUACUCCCAGCAGAAGGCACCAUCCCAUGCCCCCAAGCUUCACCUGAAGAGGAUCAGCAAGUCAGAGGCCGAGCUGUGCUGGGAGCCACUGCCAGUGGAGAUGCAGAACGGCUUCAUCACCAGCUACACCAUCUUCUGGGCCAGCAGCAUCACCAACGUGGCCAGUGGGGGCAUUCUGCCACACCAAGAGCCCCGUGUGUCCCCAGAUGCCACCGUGAAUCCUUCCCUCAGCUCCUUUGCCAUCCGGGGGCUGAAGCCAUCCACCCUGUACAAGGUGCACAUCAUGGCAUCCACGGCUGCUGGCAGCACCAACGGCACCAGCCUGACUCUGGUGACCACAGUGCUGGAUGACAGCGAGAUCCAGUUCCUCUUCCUGAGCCUGGGGCUGGUCUUUGUCGGGCUCAUGGUGUUGCUCAUCUGCUUCCAGAAGAACGAGCGGAUGAAGGAGCAGCUCUGGCCCAGCGUCCCCGACCCCGCCAACAGCAGCCUGGGCAAGUGGGUGCCGGCAGCGGUGCCGCAGGAGCCGCUCCAGCUCCUCGCCGCGAGGGAGCCCGGCCCGGCCGCCAUCUCCACGGUCACUGUGCUGGAAGGGGAACCGGGCAAGCAGCCGGGGAAGGAACCCCCCGCCCUGGCCGCCGCCCCCCCGGCGCUGCCGCGGCCCUACGUGCGGCAGGAGGGUCCCGGGGAGCCGGUGCAGUACGCGCGGGUGGGCGGCGCGGGGUACCGGGGGCAGCGGCUGCUCCCCGAGCCCGCUCCCCGCUUCUACGAGAACCUGCGGGGCCGCGGGGACGGCGGCGGCGGCGACUGGGGGUUCCUGGAGGAGCCCCCCGCCACCUUCCCGCUGCUGCAGGGGCUCCGCAUCGGCGGGGCCGAGGAGCUGCACGAGUGCCGGGCGGACUAGCGCGGGAUGCAGCCGGGCAGCGGGAGCCCCGGGCUGCGGGGUCCGCCCGUGGGGCUCCAGCCGCACCCCGGGGCGCUGCCCGGCUCCGCCGCGCUCCGUGUGCGUGUCCCCUCCCGACCGGCUGCCUCCGAAAUAAACCGGGACGUGCUGA